AUGGCGCCAAUCAAGGACAAGAAGCUGAAAGCCACGAAAAGUAAGGCUACCAAACCCGAGAAGGCUAGCAAGUCGGUUGGUUCAUCCACGCAGCCCCCCGCGCAUCUUAUGGACCUUGUCGAAACCUUCCUUACUGAAAACGAUUUUACCGACGCCCACCGCGCAUUUACAAAGCAGCGCUCCAAGAAGGGCUGGGUCAAAUCACAAAAGGGGGCAGAUAAGACUUCCAGCGUAGACCAUCCCUCUCUGGUUACUGUCUUCCAGACUUGGCAGACGUCCCUCAAUGGCGGUAGCGGAACAAGCAUACAGGCGGCUGUUGAGAAGGUCACCAAGGUCAGCAGCAGCGAGGACGAGAGUAGUAGUAGUAGCAGCAGCAGCAGCAGAAGCAGCAACUCGGACUCGUCAGAUAGCGACAGCGACGCAGAUGCCGACGUAGAAAUGGAGGACGUCGCAGAGGACGACGACUCGUCAAGCUCCGAAUCGAGCAGCAGUGAGGACAGCGACGGCGAGAGUGAAAAGGAGGAUACUAAAGCCGCGAGAACCACCAACACUGAGAAGGCAGCCGCGGCAAAUCCUCUAAAGCGGAAAGCUGCUUCUGAGAGUAGAUCAUCGUCCUCGGAGGAUGAGGUUCUAGUGACCAAGAAGCAGAAGGUGGUCGCCUCCGCACUGGGUUCUUCCUCCGACUCAUCGUCGGAUUCGUCCAGCUCCGAUUCAGACUUGGACUCGGGGGCCAAGACAGCCACUAAACCAAAAAUUGUCAAAAAAUCGGCCUCGGACUCCAGCUCGGACUCUUCUUCAGAGCCUUCUGAAUCUUCGUCAGACUCAUCGGAUUCCGACUCCGAAUCGUCUUCGGCCUCAGACGAAAAGGCUGCGCAGGUCCCCUUGCCCGACAGCGACUCAUCUUCUGAUGACAGCGACUCCUCAUCUUCUUCGGAUUCGGAUUCGGAUUCGGAUUCAGGCUCGAUGGCAAAGGUGCCCAAGAUCGAUACCAAGAAAAAGGAUACCUCUCCCACUAACGGGUCCGACUCGUCGGCGACACUGGGCAAAACCUCACCUCAAUUCUUUCCAGUUGAUAAGUUCGCCCCGCUCCCACCGGACCCCAUCAAGGCAAACAAUAGAGGCAAAAAGGGGGACGGCGACAAGCAGACCAUAACGCCAUUCUCGCGCGUCCGCAAGGACAUCCAGGUCGACCCGCGCCUAGCAUCCAAUGCGUAUGCGGGCCAUGAGUGGGGCCAGAAGGCGCACGAGGACCUAAUCGUGACUAAGGGCAAGGGAUUCACCAAGGAGAAGAACAAGAAGAAGAAGGGCAGCUACCGAGGCGGGCCCAUUAAUACCAAUGCCCUGGGCGGCAUCAAGUUUGACGAUUGA